GCAGCUGGUCGCAUCGAUAAUCAUCGAUUUUAAAUGGCAGGACAGUCGGCUGAAAUGGGACCCAAAGUACUACGGUGGCAUCAAGACGCUCAGCGUUUCGGGCAACAGAAUUUGGACACCACCAUUCUCAGUGAAGAGAAAUGCGGAUGUCUCCCAUCAAGGUCUGCAUGAAGACUUUCCUGUUCAGAUCAGCAGCGAUGGACUAGUAGUAUGGAGUGUAGAGACACUGACUACCACCAUAUGCGAUGCUGACCCCUUCUUAUUUCCCGCGGACACCAUGGAUUGCCAGAUCUGUUUUUCGGCAACGACUGCUAUCGAGCAAACCAUCCAGUGCCAAGAGGAUAGCUCCGCCGUAGAUGAGUGCAACUGUCCAUGUGGCACAUUUUCACCCGCUCGAACCGAGGGCGAAUGGCAUCGAAGGGACAGGAUCUUUUCAAGAGACAACAGGGAAGCGUGCUUCGAUAUACACCUGUCACGGAUUCCACUGUUUCACAUCGCCACUACUGUUGGACCCUGCAUCAUCCUGAUUAUACUGAUGACCAUCACCUUCAUCAUGCCCAUAGACAAGGGAGACCGGAUCUCCUUCGGAGUGACCAUUCAGCUUUCCAUGGUCGUGUCCCUUGUGUUUGUUACAGAGGUUCUUCCAGUCAAGGGGGCUCUGCCUUUUUUCGCUACCCUGAUCAUUGUGUGUAUGGGGCUAAUGGGAGUUUUCCUGUUCUUCACCAUCGGCAUCAUCAUGAUUCAUGGCCGGGAGGGAAGCCUGUCUCCGUGGGCGAAGACCCUCUUCCUCCGCCACAUGGCAAAGAUACUGCUGUUGGGAGACCUUUCAGAGAAGACUGUUGGAAGCGAUGAUGAUAAUGACCGUUCCAUACGCACUGCCAUAGAGCUAGUUAUCAACUACGCCGCACAGACAGAUGACAAGACGGAGGUGGAGACCACCACUUCUCCCGGCUUUCCUGAGCUGAUCUCAAGCGUCAAUGCGGUAAAGACCGAGAUCGAGGAACUUAAGAAUACUAUGGAGAACAAUGAGGAAGUGACGGAGUACACACUGUUGGCUAAAGUUCUGGACAGGCUGUGUAUUGUCUUGUACAUCAUCAGUAUCGCGUCAGCCGUCCCCGUAAUCAUGUUUUACGGCAAGUAAAAUGUACGAUUUGCCUCUGAUAGAGUCCCUUUGCAAAUCACUACAAAGGCUUUUAUACAAUGUUUGUAAAAGUUUGAAUUCUUUUGAAUAAGAUAAUAAUUAUCUAAGCUGCAAUUAUUAUGAAUUUAAGUUUCCAAAACAUCAAAUAUGAAAAUUUGAAUCUAUUUGAAUGUCAAAUUAUACACAGCUGGUUAAGUAUUUGGACAGUUUAAACAGUGUUUCAAAAAUUUCCAAAAUGUGAAAUCUCCUACACAUAUAAUUGCAAAGAAUUGAAAGC